AUGUCCUCUGUUCCAUCCGAGUACAGCGGCUCGGACAGUAGUUCUGACUCGGUCGUGGGCGAUAGCAUGGAUGAUGGCGUAUCAGAGGAGAGCCAGCCCGUCCACCCUGCCACGCUCGAAGACAUUCUUAGCGAGUGGGCCCAUGCGCUUGCGAUCACCUCGCAACUGCGGGAGCAAUUUCAUUCUCUCCGGAGCCGCUGUGCUAGCGAUCGAGAGGUCGCCUCGGAGCUUCAUCGUGGCUGGUUGGAGAACCAUGGUCGACACAUUGCCGCUACUGAGGGUUCAGCGGACGGCCCCGAUCCAGCUGCGACAUCGCUGUCUACGCCUCAGGCCGAUGUACGCGCUGAAGUCGCUGCUCAUUAUGCGCACAUCCUCGAGUUGCGGGCUGAAAACGCUAGCCUGUAUCGCGCCGCCGCCGAAGAGCGUGGAUUGGCAGCCGCGCAAGGGCAUCAGAGCGCCGUCGCCGUCUGCACAUACCUCGAGGACGCCAUCAAGCUCGUGGGAAUCCUGCAGCGCCGCACCGACCAUCUGGAGGCCUCUCGCAACGAUCUGCGUGCCCAGCUCGCUCAAUCUGAGCAGCGGCGCACCCACGAUGUCCGCAAGCUUUUGCAGCUGCACCAGCGCGAUAUGCGGGAGGUCCAUCGACUUCGGGUGCGGCAUAUGCACGAUAUCCAGCUGCUUGGUCAAUUCCAGGAGCAGCACGUCCGCGACGUGAAUCAGGUUGCUACGCUUCGGCAGGACGUCUUGGGUCUGCACCACGCUUUACCUCCCGCUGGUAGUUCGGUGGAAAGUUAUGGAUCGUAUCCGGCCAGCCUGAGCGCUCCCUUUGGGGCGCUGCCGGCGGCACCUAUACUGCAGACGGUCAGCGGUCGGCCCUUGUUUCCCGCCACGUACCAACUCGAUGCUGCCGACCAGGGGUCCAUUGAGACGCCGUGA